AGACAGGCGCAGUAGUGUUGCGGUGGAUUGAAACAAUGUCAGAGUGGGAGCUCUUUUUCUUUCUUUCUUUUUUUUGUGUCAGAGUGGGAGCUCCUCCUCAUCCACACUCUCCCGGUGACGUUUCCACAUCCAACAGGUCUGUCGGCAGCUGGUAGGCAGCUAGCUGCUAGCUAACCUGCUGAGCUACCUCCUCCGCCUCUGAAGGCAGCUGAGCGGAGAGCCGUGAGUGAACCCCGCACCUCAAUGCAUCUCCCGGGGCCGCGAUGGCAGCGACAGAAACGACGGCGGCAGCUAGCCGCCUCUCUCGCCUCUCCAGGAGGAUGCUGAAGCUGUUCGGUGCGCUGGUGGUUCUCGGGCUGGCCCUGGCGUGCAUCACCUCCUGGGUGCUGGACAGCUAUGACACGGCGUGGCACCCGAAGCGGAGCGUUCAGCACCUGCCUGCCGGGGAUGGAGAUGAACAUGACGGGAGCUCUCCACCUUUUCCCGGCGGCGACGAGAGCAAUAUAUUCUGGUUUAUACAGGUGUCCGACAUUCAUAUCAGCCGAUUUCACGACCCAAGACGCAUUCCAGAUUUUGAAAAGUUCUGCACUGACACAAUUGAAGUGAUCAAGCCAGCUCUAGUGCUCGCAACAGGGGAUCUGACGGAUGCUAAAACGGAGAGUAAGGUGGGUUCUCUCCAGCACGAGGUGGAGUGGCAGGCCUACCACAACAUCCUGAAGAGGUCACGUGUGAUGGAGCGCACGAGGUGGAUAGACAUCCGUGGAAAUCAUGAUGCCUUCAAUAUUAUGUCAUUGGACAGCAUCAACAAUUAUUACCGGAAAUACUCGGCUAAUCAGAAAAUAGGCUCUUUCCACUAUGUUCACAAAACUCCCUUCGGCAACUACUCCUUUGUCUGUGCGGAUGCCACUCUGACUCCGGGACCCAAGAGGCCGUAUAAUUUCUUUGGUAUUCUCAACCAGACUCAAAUAGACUUGCUGGACACGUUCAGAGCUGAGAGUCUGCAAAGCAACCAGUCGAUCUGGUUUGGCCACUACACCACCUCCACCAUUGUCUCUCCGUCUCCAGGGAUUCGGGACGUGAUGAGAUCUGCAGUUGCAUAUCUGUGUGGCCACCUGCACACACUGGGCGGCCUGAUGCCCGUCCUCCACAGUCGGCAUUCCCAAGGCACCCUGGAGCUGGAGCUGGGCGACUGGAUGGACAACCGCAGGUACAGGGUCCUGGCCUUUGACCACGACCUGCUGAGUUUCUCUGACCUGAAGUUUGAACAGUGGCCCGCAGUGAUCAUCACCAACCCCAAGGACGCGCAGUACCUGCACCCCGGAGUGGAGCCGCUGGGUCGGAUACGCAGAUCGUCACACAUCAGGCUCUUGGCCUUCUCGGAGGCCACAAUCGCAGCUGUGCAUGUUAGCGUGGACGGGGAACCUCUGGGGAAAGGCCAGUCUGCUGGAGGUCCUCUCUAUGUUGUGCUGUGGGAUCCGUCUCUCUACCUCACUGGACUGCACACCAUCAGAGUUAAAGUGGAGGACUCGGCAGGCCGGUCGUCAGUGCGGGAGCAGCACUUUACUUUGGAGGGCGACCUGACUCCCAGCUUUGGUUUCGUGCAGUCCUUCGUCCUCCUCACAGACCACUACAUCUUGGCCCGAGCGGCCUUCGUAUUCAUGAUGCUGCUGAAUGUCGGGGUGCUGAUGGCCUUCAGGUUCCUGCCUGCUCCGUCUGGAAGAGGAUUGACCUCUCAAGCAUGUAUGUCGCUCCAUCUGGUCAGCACAGUGGACACCUUCUACUACUCUCUGCUGCUAUUCAACCUGUGCACAGCCUUAGGUCCCUGGUUCGUAGGAGAGCUGAUAGAUGGCCAUAGGGGUGCCUGCUUCGCCUUUGGCGUGCUCGUCGAUGGACACUUCCUGGAAGGCAGUCUCACAUAUGUUAUUGGAGUUGUUCAAAUGCUGUUCUUCAACAUGCCCCUCACCUGCUAUCUCUGCUGGAGCCUCCACCACCGUUGCCGCGGCAGCACCUUCCGAUCCCACUUCCUGCGGCCGGGCUGCCGCUGGCGGACUCUGGCGGUUCACCUCGUCAUGCUCCUGCUGCUCACCUGGCAGGCACACUCGUGCUACUUCCUCCUGGAGACCUACGGCGCCAUGGCCUUUUUCCUGUCUCCGGUCCGCACGUGGGCGUUAGGGCUCAGUCUGCUAUUGGUCUACCGAGCCUGGACAGGCCCCGCCCCUCUCGUUCGCGACAACAACAAGAGCGUCUCUCCUUCUUGACAGUAAUUGCACUGUGCCACCACGAUUUCCCUCGAGCCGGAAUCUCAGAUUUAUUUUGCUGUCUUUCUGUCUCCUCCUUCCAAAAGCCACCCGACAGUACAUCACUCGCUAUCCUGUUUAUAGGUAGUAUUGUUUACUUAAUAUGCAUGUUAUUGUAAAGCACCGGUGAGCACAUUUCUGGCCAUAUUCAUAGCAAUGUGUACAGUGUAAAAAAAAAAAGACAAAUACAUCUUGGAUACAUUGGUGGUAAAAUAGCCUAUUUGAGCCAAUGUGUGCAGCUGUUGACAGUAUAUCCUGCUGUGGUUUAAAGUGGAGUUGUAUGACGUUCUUAUCCAUAUAAGGAUGGCGGUCGACAAGGCCCCAGUUUGGAGAAACGGACAAGAGUACGGACACGUAAGAUACGCGAUGUACCGCUGUGAAUCGUGUUUUAGCCACCUAAAAGAAAUGAAUAUCAAUUUAGAUGUACGCUAUAUUAAGAAUAUUUUCACCGCUUUACCUCCUCAGUGGGCCUUUCUUUCAGGCGGAUAAAACAUGUUUUACAUACCACAUAGAUUUAGCUUCCCUACUGUUACUCCUGUCUGCUUCUCCAAUCUGGGGACAUGCCGACCGCCAUUCACUGUUUGUAAUACUGACUGUGGAUCAGUACCUCAUGCAACCCCAAUUCAAAAACCAAACUAUCCUUUUAAGCUGACUCAUAUACUUUAGAUUUAGCACUUUUUUUUGGAAGUGGCUGCCUCGGCCGAAUGCCACUUCACCACUGCCAAAGGAUGAAUAAUAAAGAUUUCACCUUUUUUAUUUUUAUUCUUCCCUCGAAAGAAUUAUUUUCAUUUGCUAAUGAAGGCUGGAUGUGCCAAACCAUACUCUGUGUGUUUACCUUCUGACACACACACACACCGUGUGGAUAAGAAAGCUUCAUUUUGUUUACUGUAAGCUUUCCUAACUCCACAUGGCCGACAGAGCGCGUUAGUUACAGCAACACAGCCAAUGCAACCCAGGCGAUCAUAUGUUCAAGUUUAUUCUCCACAUAACGGGGAAAUGACAAAAUCUAUUGAAUACUGUAGUUGAGCUGCGUACGAGAAGUCGAGGAUCGAAAGUGUUUUUCAACUAAAUUCCAUUGCACACGACUGCCACUUCAAAACGUUUCGAUAUUCACAUUGAAUAGUCAAAAAACUUCAAUGCCGGUUUCACCAACACACAACAACAGGCCGGCCUGACUCUUCGUGCUCCUUCAAAAUGUGACGACAGAAAGCAGCUGUUUGUUUCUCAGGAACGUGAGCACUUGAACAAUAGGCUGGUCCCAGUAGUAGUUCAGGACAAUGUUUUUAUACUCCUCAGUAGCUCAGUGAACUUAAACCCAUGUUAAACAAUCGAGAUGUGUGGUGGCUUAAAAUAAACAAAAUGAAUGUGUUUAUAGAUGUGAUGAAAUGAGAUACUGUUUUUAUUAUUUAUUAUGAUUGUAUAGAGUGAUUUCCCCCCCCUCCCUCAUUCAUGUUAUAUAUCUGCACUGGAAAUGGGCAUCCCCUGCAUUAACUGAAGUUAAUUUGACAGCUUUGUGUGUUUAAAAAAAAAAAAAGAUGUUUGUCUGUAUUGUUCUGAAUUUCUUUUUUGUAAAAAGGUCUGUGUGAGAGCAGUAAACUGUCUGUUGCACUCCAAUUCAAUCCUUUCUCGCCAGUAACAGCAGGUGCCUGGGAGAACACACUGAUCUAAAUAAAAAAGAAAAAUAGAAGCAAUGUUGCAACAGCUAGAUCCUGUUUUACUUUCGCUCAGUUCUGUGAUGACAUGCAGUCGCUCGACGUGUGCAUUCUUGGAGGCAAUAAUCUGAACACGUUUUCCUUCUCUCCAUAGGUUUUUUUGUACGUGAGCACUACCAAAUGUAUGAUUCCAGCAUAAAGACAGAUAUUAAAAGUUAUUCUCCAAUGAUGCCUCUCACAUGUAAUAUGUAAUCUGUCCACAGGGAGGUGGUGUUGUGUUGCAUUUUACUUCCACCCUCCAAAAAAAUGCAUGGAACUGUUUAAGGAUUUUCUUUGCAGAAAAGAGGCAAUUUUGAUAGCUUAUUAAUGCUCACUGAUUUUGUUCAACUAUGAAUCUGGUUGUUAUUGUUCUGUACUGUGCACUGAUUUGACUGUUCACAACAAAAAACAAGAUAUGGACCCCACUACGUCUCUUGAGAGGGAAUAUAGUGUAAGUGAUGUACUGAUGUUCACUUAUUCGGCUUCCCUUCCUAUGUUCAAACACUAAAGUAUAUGAAUGGAAAGAUUUUACACCUGCCACAUAUUUUUCUCGUGACAACUGAAAUUAGAGCCAACCACAAUGUUAUUUUAUGAAUGGUUUAUAGUGCUGUGGAAUAAAAUGUUCAUUACAGUAAAUCAUA